CAUCCAAACCCCGGGCGCCACACCGACGUGGCCGGCCCGCCCUAUCCGUAGAACCGCCACGUCACGCCCUUUCCGAGCGAACUCUUCUCCGUAGCCCCCGAUAAAUACCCCCCGCUGCCGCGAACUACUUACGUCCCAAUCCAAUCCAAUCCAACCCGAUCCCGAUCUAAUCCGGUCCAGGAUCGAUCGUCGUGUUCCUUCCUCGCGAAAAGCGUCGAUCGGACCAGAUACGCGAUGGCCCCGAGCGCGUCGAUGCUGUUCCUCAGCUACCACCAGCUCCACCACGGCCCCGCCGACGCGCCGCGCGACGUGGACGGCGGCGGCGGCGGCGGCGGCUUCAGGUUCGGCUUCGGCAACGUCUUCUUCUCCCUCGGCGUGCUGGCGCCGAAGCGGCGGGAUGCGGCGGCGACGGAGGUGCAGGACGGGAAGCAGAGGCAGAGGGCGCGUCGGGCCGGCGGCGGGGAGGCGGAGGAGGAGCAGCCCGCGACGCUGGCGAGCAAGUUCGACGAGGCCGUGCGGCUCAGCUGCUGGUCGUCCUGAAGCUCGUUUUAGUUCUCGGGCACUGUCCUGCACUAGCUUUUCCCUUCUCUUGCCAACGUUGCUUAUGUAUGAAUCGGCGAGCAUGUGAUGCGCCGAUCGGCGACGACGCACGAUGUGUAGAUAAAAUGUGUCUGCUGUGCAUACGAAUUUCCCUUCAGCUUUU